AUGUAUGCGUUGCAAUUCAUGGAGAUGAACCCCCAGACCGACCAUGAAAAUGGCGAUCAGGGUCAAGUCGUCGAUACUGGGUACUGCGAGAUGAACGAGGAUUGUGAGAACUGUGCUUUCUGGAGGGAUCAUUACUACUGGGAUCACAUGGGUGACGAGAAGAAGCAAUUUUCUGCUGUAGCCAAGGGUGAUUUCAAGAACAGCAUCCGUAUACCACGGGAACUUUCAACCCAUUUGAGGAGUAGGAUCUCUGACACCAUUAAACUCAGCGCUCCUAAUGGCAGGGCAUAUGAUGUUGUGGUGACCUGGGAAUUCGGCGAGCUAGUUAUUCGGUCUGGCUGGGAUGCAUUUGUUACUGCGCACCAUAUAGAAGAAAAUGACACAUUCUUGUUCAUCUACCAUGGGAAUUCCAACUUUGAGAUUCAUAUAUUUAAUUCACACGGUUGUGAGAAGAUGGCUUCCUGCUUUCAAUCACCUUCAGAGAUCUUUGGAAUCUUUCCUCCCAGUGAGCCUUGUGAUCAUCAUGUGCUGAAUGGACAAGCUGCGCCUAAUCCAAGACAUGUUCAGACGCAAGUUGAGUUUGACUAUACCAUGUCAACUGGAUGCCAUCUAACCAAAUCACAAGAUGAGAAAGUUGUAGAAAUAGCCCGCAAAAUAAGGUCUGAGAUUCCUUUGUAUGUGGCAAUCAUGAAGAAACUUAAUGUCAACGUGAAGGACUGCUCUAUCAACAUACCAUUGAGGCUUGUGAGACAUUUAAAAGAGGAGGCAGGUAGUGCUAUUAUCAAACUAGAAGCCCCUGAUGGUAACAUAUACAAUGUUCGAGCUAGCAAGCACAGCGAGGAUCAAGUUGUCCUCCAAUCUGAUUGGGAUGCUUUUGUAGCUGCUAAUCACAUACAGUUGAAUGACCUCCUCAUUUUCCAUAGCAAGGGAAAAACUCGUCUCAAAGUUCUCGCACUGGACCCAAGUGGCUGUGAGAAAAACUCGUCAUGCUUUGACACAAAAAAUUUCUCCAAGGCUGGUGAAGGUUCAGUUUGGAUUACUGAUGCACGCCCUUGUACAGUUGAGAUUAUUGAUCUGACCAGCUCUGACGAUGAUCACACUGAGAGAGAAGAUGCUGGAAGAUCAUCUCGGAGGCGGAAGCAGGUACCGGGUUCUCAUGCAAAAGCUCGGAAGAUGGCUUUAGCGUCAUCCCCAUCCACAAAAUCAGGAUCUGAUACCCACAAGCUGAAACAUCCCAUCUCCAACAAUGACAAUCUUCAGGAGCCUUCCAGGCUUCCCUAUAUUUUAGCCAGAGGGAUAACUCUAACUGGGCCUGUGGAGAAGAAAGUUCAGGAGAAAGUCCAAGCAAUUGGAUCUGAACUUCCUAUCUAUGUGGCAGUGAUGACCAAAAGCUGUGUUUGUGGCCACCCCCUUUCUCUGGAAUUCUGCAAGGAAUAUGCUUCGACUCUUCCAAGCAGAGAUCAAACUCUCAUACUUGAGCUGGAGGACAAGGAGUGGCACACGGCAUUACACGUCAAUGGAAGUAGGAAAAUCAUUUACGGAGGCUGGUCAAAGUUCGCCUCUGACAAUAACCUGCAGCUGGGAGACAUCUGCCUCUUCAAAAUGGCAGAGCGCCGCACGAGAGGCCUUGCGAUGAGGGUCCAUAUCAUUUGCAAAUCGGGCGUAUUUCUGUAG